CUAUGAGGGGCUCGGUGGAGAGCAGGACUGAGUGAAGUUGUCCGUCUUUCCGUCUUUCUGCUCUCCUCUCCGGGUCCAGCUGUACCUCUCUCCCUCCCUCCGCUCUCCUCUCCCCUCUCGUAGCGCAGGGCUCGUCCACGCAGCUCCACGAUGGAGAGAGGCGCGAUGUUGGCUGCGUGUCUGCUGUGCUGGAGCUGCAGCGUGUGCGUGGUUACGUCCAUCCAGAGGGAUGAUAUGUUUCCUUACGGCACUUUGAGUGGGGAUUUAAUUCUAGCGGAGGGCGACGAUGAAACGUCCAAAGUGCUGUCUCUGCCCAAACCCCUUUACUUCUACGACUCAUACUUCUCUCAGCUAUAUGUGGCCACCAAUGGGAUCAUAUCGGCCCAGGAUUUGCCGAUGGAAAAGCAAUAUGUCGACGAUGGCUUCCCCACCGACUUCCCCGUGGUUGCGCCGUUCCUGGCUGACAUUGACACCAGCGGAGGACGAGGACAGAUUUACUACCGCGUCACCGAAACACCGAGUGUCCUCAACAGAGUGGCCCAGGAAGUACAUCGGGGCUUUCCGGACGCAAAGUUCACACCGACGCACGCUGUGGUGGCGACGUGGGAGAACGUCGCAGCCUAUGAGGAGCAAACCCGGACAGCAGGACCUUCAAACAAGGUCAAUACUUUCCAGGCAGUGAUUGGUUACGAUGAGACGGACUCGUACGUCCUCUUCCUCUACCCUCAUGGUGGUCUGAACUUCUUCGGGACGCGGCCCAAGGAGUCGUACAACGUCGAGAUCGAGCUUCCUGCCAGAGUCGGCUUCAGCAGAGGAGAAAUUACAUAUUUAAUCUUUUCCCGAAUUGAAGGACCUUACUACACUGUCACCACUGAUGAACAAAGUGUUAAAAACCUCUACCAGGUCGGUAACACUGGAAUCCCAGGCGUUUGGCUUUUCCACACUGGGAACCGUUACUCUUUUGAAAACAUCGUCCCUGCAUCCACCGGCGGCGUCCUCGCAACUCCGCCCCAUGGACCAUACGGCCACUCCCUGGACACCACCACUCCUGAAUACGCAGAAUUUGAAGAAUAUGUAGACAACACCUUUGACCCCGAGACCCAGGAGGAAGAAGACGAUUACCCUCUGACGGGCGGGGACCCUGAAUUCCAGCCGGCCCCUUCUGGUGGCGAAGCUGGAAGUCCUGACCCUGGCCCGUCUCCCUCGGAGGACACUGAAGGUCCGGUGGUGUACGGCAGCGAAGACGUACCGCUGGACUCUGAGCCGAGGUACGGUCCAGAGCCGGAGAGGCAGUACGCUCCAGAACCAGAGCAAGAGCAGCCACAGCUUCCCCUGGAGGUGGUGGAUGUUUACCCCCCUCCCAGAAACCCACCCCGCCGUACCCCCGGAAGUCAUGUGGUCAGCGUGGACGAGGACGAUGUUAAUUUUGACACAGGAGUGAUUAAGUACACUACAGAAACUACAGAAACAUGUGCCAGAUUCCAGCAGCAGUGCUCCCAGAAUGCAUUUUGCACCGACUACACCACAGGCUACUGCUGUCACUGCCGGCCCGACUUCUACGGAAACGGACGCCACUGUCUGCCUGAUGGUGCUCCUCAGCGUGUCAGCGGUAAAGUGACAGGAACGGUGACUGUGGGAUCAACUCCAGUGGAGCUGAGCAACAUUGAUCUUCACGCCUACAUCGUGGUGGGAGAUGGGAGGGCGUACACUGCCAUCAGCGAGGUACCCGAACCCGUUGGCUGGGCUCUGAUGCCGGUUGCCCCGAUAGGGGAGCUGUUUGGGUGGCUGUUUGCUCUGGAGCUGCCCAACAGCCAAGCAGGAUUCAAAGUCACAGGCGCCGAGUUCACCCGUCAUGCAAAUGUGCUGUUUUACCCCGGCAACGAGCGCCUGUCAAUCAUCCAGACGGGCCGCGGCCUUGACGACCACAACCACCUCACAGUGGACACUGUAGUCAGCGGCAGCGUGCCCUUCCUGCCACCUGGAGCUGAAGUCACCAUGGACCCCUUCAAGGAGAUCUAUCAGUACUACCCCUCUGUCAUCACCUCCACCUCCGUGAGGGAGUUCUCGGUCGUUUCGGCCGAGCGCGGGUCCGAGUCCCACUCCUUCCAGCUGAAGCAGAACAUCACCUACCGCGACUGUCGCCACGACAACGACGCCGCCAUCCCGGAGACGUUGCAGAUAUCCAUGGAGAGGGUGUUCGUGAUGUACGUGAAGGAGGAGCGCAUCCUCAGAUACGCCAUCACCAACAAGAUCAGCCCAGUGGGAGCUGAGCCUCCACAACCUGCGUUGGUCAACCCCUGCUACUCCGGGAACCACGACUGCGACACCACGGCCCAGUGCAUCCCCCUCGAGGACCAGGCCUUCCAGUGCCAGUGCGCCACGGGUUACAGAGGAGACGGACGCAACUGUUACGACAUAAAUGAGUGUGCCGAGGGCCUAAGUACAUGUGGUGAUCAUGCCGAGUGUGUCAACCUGCCUGGGAGCCACCGCUGCCAGUGCCAGAGCGGCUACGAGUUUGGCUACGAUGGACGUACCUGCGUCGCUCAAUCAGUUCGCCCAAAGAGCCAGUGUGAGCAGCACAGAGACAGCGUGCAGAGUGGGGGGGGGCCCGGUGGAUAUCCGAGCCCCGGAGCCUUCGUCCCUCAGUGCGACUCUGACGGACAGUACCGAAGUCUGCAGUGCCAUGGCUCCACUGGACAUUGUUGGUGCGUGGACAGCAGUGGACAGGAGAGACCAGGAACCAGGACUCCACCUGGUACACCAUCCAAAGACUGUGACAAACCAGAUGAACCGGAGCGUCCUAAAACUCACUGUGAGCACCGCAGAGACAGUGUCCAGACCACCAGUCCAGAGGGAUAUCCUUUAUUUGGAGCCUAUGUACCCCAGUGUGAUGACAAUGGACAAUAUAUACCCCUGCAGUGCCACAGCUCCACUGGACACUGUUGGUGCGUGGACAGCAAUGGACAGGAGAAAGAUGGAACGAGAACAACGGCUGGUACAACGCCCACAGACUGCAGCAAACUGGAUGAGCCGCAGCGUCCUAAAACUCAGUGUGAGUACCACAGAGACAGCAUUCAGACCACCAGUCCAGAGGGAAAUCCCAUAAUAGGCGCCUAUGUACCUCAAUGUGACGCAGAGGGACAGUACAUACCACUGCAGUGCCAUGCCUCCACUGGAUAUUGCUGGUGUGUGGAUAGUACGGGACAACACAGAUCAGGAACCAGGACAUUACCUGGUGAACCUCCCAAAGACUGCGACAAACCAGAUGAACCAGAGCGUCCUAAAACUCACUGUGAGCAGCAGAGAGACAGUGUCCAGACCACCAGUCCAGAGGGAAAUCCUAUAGCAGGAGCCUAUGUACCUCAGUGUGAUGCAGCAGGACAGUACAUAUCCAGACAGUGUCAUGGCUCCACUGGACAUUGUUGGUGUGUGGACAAUAGAGGAGAAGAGAGACCAGGAACCAGGACUCCACCUGGUGCAACACGUAUAGACUGUGAUAGACCAGAGCGCCCUAAAACUCACUGUGAGCAGCGGAGAGACAGUGUCCAGACCACCAGUCCAGAGGGAUAUCCUAUAGUAGGAGCCUAUGUUCCUCAGUGUGAUGAGGCUGGACAGUACAUAUCCAGACAGUGUCAUGGCUCCACUGGACAUUGUUGGUGUGUGGACGAUAGAGGAGAGGAGAGACCAGGAACCAGGACUCCACCUGGUACAACACGUGUAGACUGUGAUAGACCAGAUGAACAAGAGCGUCCUAAAACUCACUGUGAGCACCACAGAGACGGUGUACGGACCACCAGUCCAGAGGGAUAUCCUGUAAUUGGAGCAUUUGUUCCACAGUGUGACGCAGCAGGACAGUACCUGCCUCAACAGUGUCACGGCUCCACUGGGCAUUGUUGGUGUGUGGACAAUAGAGGAGAUGAGAGACCAGGAACCAGGACUCCACCUGGUGCAACACGUGUAGACUGUGAUAGACCAGAGCGUCCUAAAACUCACUGUGAGCAGCGGAGAGACAGUGUCCAGACCACCAGCGCUGAUGGGUAUCCUAUAGCAGGAGCCUAUGUACCUCAGUGUGAUGACAGUGGACAGUACAUAUCAAAACAGUGCCACAGCUCCACUGGAUAUUGUUGGUGUGUGGACAAUAGAGGAGAGGAGAGACCAGGAACCAGGACUCCACCUGGUACACCAUCUGUAGACUGUGACAGACCAGUUGAACCUCCACGUCCUAAAACUCACUGUGAGCAGUACAGAGACAGUGUAAAGACCACCAGUCCAGAGGGAAAUCCUAUACUUGGAGUCUUUGUACCUCAGUGUGAUGACAGUGGACAGUACACAUCACUGCAGUGUCAUGGCUCCACUGGAUAUUGUUGGUGUGUGGACAGGACUGGACAAGAGAGACCAGGAACCAGGACUCCACCCGGUACACAACCUAAAGACUGUGACAGACCAGAUGAACCAAAGCGUCCUAAAACUCACUGUGAGCAGCACAGAGACAGUGUCCAGACCACCAGUCCAGACGGAAAUCCUAUAGUAGGAGCCUAUGUUCCUCAGUGUGAUGCAGCUGGACAGUACAUAUCAAGACAGUGUCAUGGCUCCACUGGACAUUGUUGGUGUGUGGACAAUAGAGGAGAUGAGAGACCAGGAACCAGGACUCCACCUGGUGCAACACGUGUAGACUGUGACAGACCAGAGCGUCCUAAAACUCACUGUGAGCAGCAGAGAGACAGUGUCCAGACCACCAGUCCAGAGGGAAAUCCUAUAGCAGGAGUCUAUGUACCUCAGUGUGAUGCAGCUGGACAGUACAUAUCAAAACAGUGUCAUGGCUCCACUGGACAUUGUUGGUGUGUGGACAAUAGAGGAGAAGAGAGACCAGGAACCAGGACUCCACCUGGUGCAACACGUAUAGACUGUGAUAGACCAGAGCGUCCUAAAACUCACUGUGAGCACCGGAGAGACAGUGUCGAGACCACCAGUCCAGAGGGAUAUCCUAGACCAGGAGUCUAUGUUCCUCAGUGUGAUGACAGUGGACAGUACAUAUCACUGCAGUGUCAUGGCUCCACUGGAUAUUGUUGGUGUGUGGACAGGACUGGACAAGAGAGACCAGGAACCAGGACUCCACCCGGUACACAACCUAAAGACUGCGACAGACCAGAUGAACCAGAGCGUCCUAAAACUCACUGUGAGCAGCGGAGAGACAGUGUCCAGACCACCAGUCCAGAGGGAUAUCCUAUAGCAGGAGCCUAUGUACCUCAGUGUGAUGCAGCUGGACAGUACAUAUCCAGACAGUGUCAUGGCUCCACUGGACAUUGUUGGUGUGUGGACAAUAGAGGAGAAGAGAGACCAGGAACCAGGACUCCACCUGGUGCAACACGUGUAGACUGUGAUAGACCAGAGCGUCCUAAAACUCACUGUGAGCAGCACAGAGACAGUGUCCAGACCACCAGUCCAGAGGGAUAUCCUAUAGCAGGAGCCUAUGUACCUCAGUGUGAUGCAGCUGGACAGUACAUAUCCAGACAGUGUCAUGGCUCCACUGGACAUUGUUGGUGUGUGGACAAUAGAGGAGAUGAGAGACCAGGAACCAGGACUCCACCUGGUGCAACACGUGUAGACUGUGAUAGACCAGAGCGUCCUAAAACUCACUGUGAGCAGCGGAGAGACAGUGUCCAGACCACCAGUCCAGAUGGAAAUCCUAUAGCAGGAGCCUAUGUACCUCAGUGUGAUGAGGCUGGACAGUACAUAUCCAGACAGUGUCAUGGCUCCACUGGACAUUGUUGGUGUGUGGACGAUAGAGGAGAGGAGAGACCAGGAACCAGGACUCCACCUGGUACAACACGUGUAGACUGUGAUAGACCAGAUGAACAAGAGCGUCCUAAAACUCACUGUGAGCACCACAGAGACGGUGUACGGACCACCAGUCCAGAGGGAUAUCCUGUAAUUGGAGCAUUUGUUCCACAGUGUGACGCAGCAGGACAGUACCUGCCUCAACAGUGUCACGGCUCCACUGGGCAUUGCUGGUGUGUGGACAGUAGCGGAGAUGAGAGACCAGGAACCAGGACUCCACCUGGUGCAACACGUGUAGAUUGUAAUACACCAGACGAGCGUCCUGAGAGCGUCUGUGAGCGAUGGAGGGCCAGUUUGAUUGAGCACUACGGCGGACAACCAGAACCACAGAACUACGUGCCUCAGUGUGAAGACGACGGGGAAUUCAGCCCAGUCCAGUGUUACGGGGAGACCACUUAUUGUUGGUGCGUGGACCAGGACGGACGGGAGGUUCCUGGCACUCGUUCGCACGACGUCGUCAAACCUGCUUGCAUCUCCACAGUGGCCCCUCCCACCGUGCGCCCGUUGCCGAGCCCGACUGUGACCCCGCCCCCGAACACUGACGUCACUCUGCUGUACGCUCAGGGACAGAAGAUAGGAGCGCUGCCUCUGAACGGGACCAGAUUCGACGCGAGCCGAUCCAAAACGCUACUGACUCUGCAUGGAUCCAUAGUCGUCGGUAUGGCCUUUGACUGCAAAGAGAACCAAGUCUACUGGACAGAUUUGUCUGCAAGAACAAUCAGCAGAGCAUCAAUGGCACCUGGAGCCGAGCCUAAGAUCAUCGUUAACACAAAUCUUGUUAGUCCAGAGGGUUUGGCCAUCGACGUCGAACGUAGGCUGAUGUUCUGGGUGGACUCGAACCCCGACCUCAUCGAAAGCGCCAACCUGGACGGCAGCGGGAGGAAGACCCUGUUCGACACAGACCUGGUCAACCCCCGCGCCAUCAUCGUGGUUUCCUCCACGGGGACUCUGUACUGGACAGACUGGAACCGAGAGGCUCCUAAGAUUGAGUGUUCAUCGGUGGAUGGUCGGAACCGCAGGGUGGUGGUGUCUGAUGGGAUCGGGCUGCCAAACGCUCUGACGUACGACUCUUCUACCGGACAAGUCUGCUGGGCUGAUGCAGGUACGAAGCGUUUAGAGUGUAUAUCUCCGGAUGGCUCGGGGCGACGAGUGAUCCACCCCGGCCUCAACUACCCAUUCAGCAUGGUCUACUACAGGAACCACUUCUACUACACCGACUGGAGGAGGGACGGCGUGAUCGCAGUUAGCAAAGCCAACAGUCAGCUCACCGACGAAUACCUGCCUGACCAGCGCUCUCACCUGUACGGCAUCGCCAUAGCAACCACCCACUGUCUAGCAGGCCACUAACGACGGACCGGCAGCCAUGGGGUCCUUUGGUGCUAAAGUUCUGGGGCGAUUCCUGAGCAGAGGGCAGAACCACCCUCUCCUGCAGAAGCAUGGACAGCUUCCCGAGAAGCCGAGAUCAUCAGCAAAUUUACAACCCCUCCACCCACCCCAACCCCAUUAUCCCACCUCAAAGAUAUAACCCAAAGUAAAGUUUUGUAAAUUUGUUUUAUACCUCAUUUUUUUUGUUUGUUUUCUAUUGUAUUUUUGUAUUUUGUGAGUUGUUUUUCUAUCAAUUAAAGCAAUGAAAUAAGAUUUUUAAAACAUA